UCCUUCUUCCUUAGACUGUUCAAAACUUGAAAGUAGCACUGAAAAAAAAUAUUGUGGAAACAAUCCAGAGUCACGUGAAGCCUGAUGAAAUAACGUCUGAAAUCUGUAAUGCAUCUGGAGCUGACUUGAUAAAAGAUGAAAAUGGGACCUGGUUUUUAAUAGGUAGCUUACCUGAAAUUCAGUGUGCCAACAAAUACAUUGUCAGCAUCAUGGCUGGUGGAAAUUGCCAAUAUGGGAGCCAAAUCAGAAGCCAUGGAGAUAGGAGUGGUGCUGGCCAAGGUGACAGGAAGGAAGAUGAUAUACAUAGUAGUCGGGAGAAUGAACAAAACCUGCAACCUAAAGCAGUAGACCUUGAUGGAGGACCCCGAGGAGAAACCACCAGAGGAGGGCAUUUACCAAACAGUCAAUAUCAUACUAACCCUAAAGGCAAAAGGGAUGAUCCUCUGUCUCAGAAUACUGUCAGUCAUAGUAAAGUCCAGGAGCAGGCCCUUUAUACAGAAACCCAGCAGACUAAUGAACCAAAGAACACUAUAAAAGACCAAACCAGUGAUAAUGUGAGGAAAUCUGCAGAUGCACAUAUCCAAAGACUUAAUGACAAGGAUGGUCAGCAUGACGAUAACAGACCUACAGGACAUACAGGAAGUCAGGAAAAUCCAAAAGGCUGCGACAAGGAAGCAUUGCGGAAGACAUAUUUCAAGGAGAGUAUGGAUACCGAUUACAGCCCUGAAGAGGAGCAGAAAAGUGAUAAAGGAAAUGCUGACCUGGUAAACCAAGAUGGAAAUCAAAGAAAUAGGAAAGCAAGGCAGCAACCACAAAGUGUUGAUGAGCACCAGUUAGGAGGGGUGAAUGAGGUGGCAGCUGAUGUAUAUUAUAAUGACAUGUCUAUGUCCAACACACCUUAUGAUGGCAGGAAAGGGAGAGGUAUUGACCAACAAGUUAAACAUGGCAAACGUUCAGAUGAAGAUGAUAGAACAGAAACAUUCACUUGUUCAAAUGAACAGUUCAUGGAGGUAUGCUUCUUCAAUCAAGGAAUCGACAAUAAAAUAGAAAUAAAAUUUAAUCAUAACAACACAGAAUGCUAUAUAACAGAAAGGUUUGGAAACUUUAGGAAUGCAAAGGACCAGCUUAGUAGUUAUGCCAGAAAAGAAAUCGGCAACCUGACUAGUACUGAAGAGGGAAAAUUCACAAGUUACUAUGAGAAAGAAAAGGAAAACAUGGCUUCAAUGAAUAUAUUAUGUGAAUACAACCCCAGUCUUAAAAGAAUCAGACUUGUUGGAAAGAAUUAUGAUAAUGUUGAGCGGGCUGAGUGUAUGAUAUUGAAAUACAUCGGAAGGUCAUGCCAUCAAUCAGACCAGCAAUCAAAACCAAGAAGAAGAAAAGGGAAGUUACCGCCAUCAGGAUCUGAGGUAUUGAAAAUAAAGGAUGGAGUAAAAGUGUUUGUGUAUGAAGGAGACCUUCUAGAUCUGGAUGUAGAUGCAAUUGUACAUGGAACAAAUACAAACCUUAAUAAUUCUCAUGGUCUGUCAGCUGCAAUUGCUAAAGCCGCUGGUACUGAUCUUGAGAAUGCAUGUAAAAAUGUAUUUCUUGAAAGGAACCUAAAUGUUGGUGACUGUUGCUGUACUACCGCUGGAGACCUUCAUUACGAUUACAUCAUCCACGCUGUUACUCCAAUGUGGAGUGCUUACAGAAAAACAAGCACUGCGCAUGAAAUAAAGAGGGAAAUAUGUCAGGACGAUCUUUGUAGAACCAUCAUGAACGCUUUGGAGGAGGCAGUAAAUGUUGCGGCCAGAUCUGUUGCACUUCCUGUCAUUGGAUAUGCACAAUGUCCAUCCGAUGUUCUGACUGCUGCAUUCAGCGAGGCUAUGCAGCUAACUUGUGAUGAGUACAAGAAAUCUUCAUUGAAACAAAUCCACAUCGUUGGCCAACACCCUGAUAUUCUGAAAAAGAUCAAGGAUGAGCUUCUGCAGGCCAAGAAGUGGAAUGAUACAACCACACCAGUGACUACCAGCGGAAGAAGCUCACAACAUGUAUCUGGUGCUUCCUGUGUAUCAGGAUUGAAUACAAACCUAUCUAAUUACCCCCGGUGGAUGGCAAAAUCUGAAACUGGUGGAACAUGCAUGCUAUCUGAAAAGCUGAAUGUGUGUAUCGUGAAAGGAACAUAUGUUACCACACAAGCAUCAGCUCUUGUAAGUAUAGAGGAUGAAAUGUUUCGAAGUAAGCGAUUCGUUGCUAUGGAAAUUGCCAAAGAAGCAGGUGAUCAGUACAAGAAGGAAAUAGACAAGUUGAGGAAGAAUGAAAAGAAAUAUAAGAUUUCAGAUGUUGUUUGUACUCAUGCCGGGGCAAUACCAACUGUUUCGUAUGUAUUCCAUGUGAUAGGACCCGUUGCAGACAAAGACAUAUCUGGAAAAGCUGAGUUAUUCAAGGGUUUUACUGACAAUAUCGGAGCAUGCAUUUCCAAAGUGCUCCGAAGAGUGGAUGAAAAGAAACUGGAUUCUAUUGUUCUGCCAUCUUUUGCAUCAGGUACACUUAAACCUGGUCAAACUAAUACGAUGUGGGAGAUUUGUGUAGAAGAGGUUGAGAAGUUUGCAGCCAAGAAAAGCUCUAAAUCAACACUGAGGACAAUAUUUCUCGUGGGUGGACUUAAUGAUGUACAAUUUUUAUUGCAAAUCUUUGAUUCAAAGAUAACACACAUGGCAACUGUGGUUUAAUAACUACAAGUACUUCACACAGGAUUGAAGUUUUGAGCAAUCCUUAAACACUUCUAUAGAAAGGAAUUUUUAAGAUGAAAGAAUGAAAGAAUGAAAAUUUAGAGGAUAUAUUUUAUGGGAACCAUUAUAAAGAUUUGAUGGUGGGUGUGAUUAUUUCUCCUGUAUUAUUAUUUUAUUUGUCACCAGAGAAGGCACUUUCUUGCAAUCACUUACAGUUGUCUGUUAUAUCAUCUGUACCAUUAUACAGAGGCCACCAUUUCAUUGAUAGACAGUCAGACUCCAAACAUUAGCUUGAUUCCAAGUUUAUGGAUGAGUAAACUCGAUAAACACAUUCAUACUGAUUUUCUUUGCAUUGUUUUGUAUGUCCGAGUUACGAAUAUUAUGCAACGGUGAACCCUUAUAUAUAAUCUCCACACGGUCACGCUUGCAGCUUUACGCUUUUCAGAAGUGCCUGCCUUAUAUAUGUUAUUAAAACCUUUAAUGUUCCACUAUAAAGAUUCAACAAAAAAUGUUCUUAUUUUGUAUGUGGACUUUAACCGUUAGCUUAAACAAUAUCAUCUUUAGAUAUACACUUGUAUUUGAACAAGUAAGAAGGCAUUUCAAUUGGCUGAAUUUUUUUCUUAUUAGCAUGAACUAAUAUAUCAUUUUUAUGCACCACGGUUGGAAAAAAAUUAGGCAUAAGAUGUUUUAUUUCAGCCGUUGUUAUUUUUCAUCUAUU